AUGGAGCAGAUAUCGAUACGGUCACAGAUAUGGAUUUCCCGUCUCAAAGAGGUUCCCCACCUUGCAGGUGCGGCUUUGAACGACGGAAAGGAAACAGUGCGGUUUUUGCUCCAGAAAGGCGCCACUAUCGACAUUGGCGACCCUUCCGAAUUUACCAUCGUUUCGAUUCACGGCAGGAUUGGAAUGGCGAAACUGCUGUUAGAGAACGGUGCCAACAUCAAUCAAUUGAGCCAGAGCCGGGGUACUGCUCUGCACGCGACAGCAAAAAAUAUGGAUCUGGAAGUUUUACAUUUCUUAGUGGACAAUGGAGCUAAUAGCAUCGCAAUAGACGCGAAGGGCAAAACUGCUCUCAAUUAUAGCGUGGGGGUUUGGGAAGACAAAUUUGUCCUCCAUAUGGCUUGCUUUGAUGGCGAGGAGGAGGUCGUUCAGACCUUGUUGGAGAACAGUGCAAAUAUCAACACACCUCGGCAUGUAUACAAGUAUAUCGGCCCUACGUUGACAUAUUCGGUCACGCCUAUAUACGUUGCUUCAUCCCUCGGUCAUCAAGAAGUCAUCGAUGCUCUGUUGGAACUCUGCAUGCGUGCGGAGCUAUUUGCAGGCAGGCUUGAGUGUGAUGGGUGA